CUGCUGUCCUCCUCUCCCGCCCUGUUUUUCUGCCCCCUUCGGUGGGUGGGGUAGAAUUGUAAAAUUGCCCCCCGCCCCUCCUAGCAUGGUAGCCGGUACUUUUCGUGACACAGGGAAAGGGCAAUACGUGACCCUAAAAUGUUCCCCGGAACCCGUUGCCUUCGCCUAUAAUGUGAAGCCUGCGGCCCUCCUUCUGUAGCCCCCCCUGCCCAGAGCAAUCCUUGCCUCACACUGGGGAUAUCUGCCCCUCUGGCGCCCAAACACUCCCAGUAUCCGUAGCUGUGGGGUAUCUGUAGUUCCCCUGAAACCAUUAUCCGCCCUCAGCUCGGGCAGUUUCACUGACAUCGUAUGGAUGGGAGGGACCUUCAUCCGGUAGAUCCCUUCAUUAACCUGCUGAACGGGGCCGCUGGGAGUUGUAGUUUGCCUCUGGAGUUGCCAUUACUCGCAGCAGAUCAGGAGCACACGUCCGAUGACAUGCCUACGAUAAAGUCCGAAAACCGGACAGGAGGUGGAUACAUCCAGAAGGGGCAGGAUUCUCAGCCAUCUCCUUUGGCCUUGUUGGCUGCCACCUGUAGUAGAAUUGAGCCCCCCGAGAAUGGAAAUGGCAACAGCCAGCAACAGGGUGCUACAGAAUUGGAUCUGAGUACUGCUCAACUUGCCCAGACAGCAAAUGGCUGGCAGAUUAUUUCUACAGCUGGUUCUGCUUCCAAGGAUCAAGCUGGAGGGGACGCUUCUUCUAAAAACCGCCCAAUAGCCCCUGGCCAGUUUGUGGUAUCUACACCCAGUGUGCAAAAUCAGCAGGUUUUGGCCAGUUUGCAGGGUGUGAUGCCCAACAUUCAGUACCAAGUCAUACCACAAUUCCAGACUGUUGAUGGGCAACAGCUCCAGUUUACCACUGCCCCAGCUCAAGUCAGUGUCCAGCAAGAUGCUUCAGGCCAGUUUCAGAUCAUCCCAGCUACUAACCAGCAGAUUAUCACCACUAAUCGCACUGGUACAGGGAACAUACUUGCAAUGCCAAACUUAUUACAGCAAGCUGUCCCUAUUCAGGGUAUGGGUCUAACCAACAAUGUCCUCUCAGGGCAGACUCAGUACUUAACUAAUGUCCCUGUUGCUCUUAAUGGUAACAUUACUCUGCUUCCUGUGAAUGCGGCAUCCCUCACUCCAACAUCUCAGUCAGUGACUCUUAGUGGAACUCAGGAAAACAACUCUCAGCCAGUUACUUCAGGGGUGGCUAUCAGCUCCUCACAAUUGGCUUCCCAGGCCAACUCUGGCGCUUACUUUACAAAUGCAAACAGCUUCUCCACUACUACCACCCCAAGUAAUGUGAGCCUUAUGAACUGCAGCAGUGCAGGCAGCACACCUGGCAGCAAUGUCCAGGUCCAGACAUCUCAGAGAUCUACUGGCCAGCUCAGCUUGCUUACUGAUUCGGUGCAACAAGGCAAUGGAAACAUGCAGAAGGACGGUGACCAGAACCAGCAGCAGCAAAUUCUCAUACAGCCUCAAAUAGUUCAGAGUGGGCAGACAAUCCAGGCUCUGCAGGCAGCUCAGCUGUCAGGUCAAGCCUUUAGCACACAGGCCAUAUCCCAAGAUGCCCUACAGAAUCUUCAGAUUCAGACAGUGCCAAACACAGGUCCAAUUAUUAUCCGUACACCUGCUGUAGGGCCUAAUGGCCAAGUUACGUGGCAGACCAUCCAGCUGCAGAACCUGCAAGUUCAGAAUCCACAAGCUCAGACCAUCACUCUUGCGCCAAUGCAGGGGGUUUCUUUGGGGCAGUCUGGCAGUACUAACACUCUUACAUCAAUGCCUGCUGGUACAGUAACAGUUAAUGCUGCUCAGCUGUCAUCCAUGCCUGGCCUGCAAACCAUUAAUCUUGGAGCAUUGGGAGCCUCCGGCAUCCAAGUGCACCAGCUUCAAGGAGUACCUCUAACAAUCACCAAUGCUACAGGGGAUGCAAGUGGCCAUCUGAGCAUCCAUGCAACAGGUGCUGAUGGGCUGCACGAUGAGAACUCUGCUAUGGAAGAGGGUGAAACCAGUCCAGAUCCACAGCCACAGCCUGGGCGCAGGAUGCGUAGAGAAGCCUGCACCUGUCCAUACUGCAAGGAGGGAGAAGGAAGGGGUUCAGGGGAUCCAGGGAAAAAGAAGCAGCAUAUCUGCCACAUUCCAGGGUGUGGAAAAGUGUAUGGGAAGACCUCUCACUUACGUGCACACUUGCGGUGGCACACAGGAGAACGCCCCUUUGUCUGUACCUGGGUGUUUUGUGGCAAACGUUUCACAAGAAGCGAUGAGCUUCAGAGACACAAGCGCACCCAUACUGGUGAGAAGAAAUUUAUUUGCCCCGAGUGUCCAAAGCGCUUCAUGAGGAGUGACCAUUUGUCCAAGCACAUAAAGACACAUCAGAACAAGAAGGGCCAGGGUGGCCCCGUCGCCAUGACAACCGUAAACCUGGACACUGGGGCGGGUUCUGAUGGCAGCGCUGCUUCUACUCCAACACCCCAGACCCUCAUCACUACAAACAUGGUUGCCAUGGAAGCAAUAUCUCCAGAGGGCAUUGCCCGGCUGGCGAGCAGCGGUAUAAACGUCAUGCAAGUGGCAGAUCUUCAGUCAAUCAAUAUUAGCGGCAAUGGCUUCUAAAAUCCAUUGUUUUGAAAGGACUAUUUGUUGACAAUAAAUAAGUGUGUUGGAAUGGGUGGGAGGGUAGGCGCUAUAGUAACAUAAUGACAAUGGGUCCAAAAAGAGCGUGUUAAACUGCUCUCCUGUCCAUUGGUGCAAGGGUGUGCCAGUUCAAAUUACCCUUGAUGGAGCUUUUUUCCGCCAUGUUGUUAUCCCUUCUUUUACAGCACUGAUUAUUCAUAUAUAUAUAUAUAGUUACUGGGAGAGACCUUUGUCCUCCAUAGAAAAAUACCUGCAUUGUAUAUUUCACCAGAAUAUUUCCAAAUGUAUGCCAGCUAUGGGCAACAUGGGCCUUACUGAUUGCCCCUUCAUGGGCAUCACUGAUCGUCUGUUUGACUUUCUAAUGGUUCAUAUCCUGCCUCUGCUCUGGUGGUCACAAGUACCGCCAUAUGUUUAUGUUGGUGUGAAGAAGGCAAACAUUUCUCAGAACUCAUCUAUUUUUUAAUAUAAAUAUAUAUAUAUAUAAUAUUAAUAUUUCUAUUUUCUGCAUUUUACAAGAAAAAAGACUUAAGGUACCACCCGUAGCCAUCACGCCUUGGUAAACUGAUUUAUCAAUGCAAUAUGUUAUGGUUUUUUUUUUUUUGUUUUUUUUUUGUUUUUUUUUUAAACAGAGCUAUAACUAUAAAAAUCAAUUCAGAUGAAAUACAAAUGCCAAAAAUCUUUAUAUUCAUAUAUCUAUAUAUAACAAAUGCUUAGACCAAAAGUUGCUUUGGUCACUGCAUAGCCUUAGUGUUUUCUAAGUUAAUGAACUUUUUUUUCUACUCUGCAAAGCAGUUUUGACAGUGAUCGGAAGCUCUUAUAUCUCUUGUCGUUCCUUCCAUGUUCAUUCCCAUUGAACAAGAAGGGAAAAGCCCUCCCGAUAGUUUCUUGGCUUGUCCUAGGUAUUGUGGGGUUUCUUACCAUAUGCUUUGACAUUGAUAAGUCUGCAGCAAUAUGGUAGGUUUUUAUUUAUUCCGCGUCUUUGUCUGCCCCGACCACUACCUGCAACAUCAGCAGCUGCUGUUGUAUAUAAAUGCUAGGAUAGACUCUUUAGCCAUAGAUUCUGUAUGAUUAUGUUUGUUGCUAAAGAGCAUGAGAAGAAACAGUGGGCUGAGGGGCUGCCAUUUUGCAGUUGGUGUGCAGAACAGUUCAGUAACCGUCCAAAAUCUGGUAAAAAAAAAAAAGUCAGAAGUACCGAGGGGCUUUUCUUUUUCCUUUUUAAUUUUUUUUGUCUAUAUUACAAGAAACUUAACGUACUGAACAUAACUACCAGGUAAUAGAUAGUGCUCCAUAGAUUCAGUAGGGUGCAGACUUGUUAUAUCACUUCUCAGAGUAAUGAUCACAUCCUUCCAGGCCUGCUUUAAAUUAGACUCAAAGCACAUUAACGAAUGUAACCUCUUUCUUCCAGCUUUUUCUUAAUCAACUAACGGAAUCUGUAGCUUUGUACGGUGUCGGUGUUUUUGUUCUUCCACACUGGCAAUGGAGAGGGACCUUUUAUACAAAUUGCUACUGUAAAUAAUAUAUAUAUAUAUAUUUUAUUUUGAAAACUGCAAUCGGUGGGACUUCCCUGCUACCUAUUUUUAUAUAUUCUUGCAUAGCCUAUACAUAAGCCAUUAAGUGAGAUGUAUUUUUAUAUACAGUUUUGCUACCCACAAACCAUAACCUUUGGGGCGUUUUGCAUUCUGUACUCUGGUUAUGAAUGAUAGAUGGGGAUGUUACUGUUAUAAAUGACCUUAAUUGCUUUGCUGAUAUGAAAUCUGAAGCCUGUUGCUUUGGCGGUGGAUAUAAUGUUUUAUGUGUUGAUAGUUAGCUCUUUUUGAUCAUCAAGAACAAUGGGUUCUCUUGGCCAAAGGAAAAAAGUCAGUUCCAGAUCGUCCUACUAUUAUGCUAAUGAAACACUGUGCCUUUAAUAAUAAGGAUUAUAAGAGUUUUUGAAAACCUGUAUUUAGGAGAAGCCAUUGCUUAAACAGACAAACACAUCUUAAACUUUUCUUUUUUAAACUUAGGUUAGAAUGUAAAUGUUGCCACAGCAACGCAAUGAAAUUGAACAUGGAAAUGCUAUGCAACAUAAUGUGAUGAAAAGGUAUUUUUCCAGUUAUAACCAGUUUUCUGGCUAUUGAAGGGGGGCUUAUAUUGUACAAGGUAAAGAAAUGGUAGCAAACUUGAUUACAUUUAUAGAUUAUUCAUACAGAGCCUGUAAAUAAAUUUCUCUGUUUUUGUUUGAUGUGGUCUCAGAUUGUUGCGUUUUGUUGCGGAUCAGGAAGCGAGAAUUAAUUCUCGUUAUAGAAAUUGUUUUGGAAAUCUUUUUUUUUUUUUUUUAAUAUGGGAUGAGGAGGAAAGGAGAAGAGAGCAGGGAAAUAUACAGGCAGAUAUUCAGCAUAUAACCGCUUGGGUAUUCUCAGUAAUUUACGGCUCUGUCAGGCAGCGUUUGGUUUCUAGCUCAGGGGUGGGGCACUUGGAAUUACCCCUACUUAGACUUACAUAGGAAUUACUCUGAUCAUGCUAAUGCACGCAUGGGUCUAUCGCCUGAUCCACAGGUACCCUGGCAGGGUCUGAGCAACAACAACAGUACCCCAUACAGUGUCACUGUGCAGGUGUCGGAUGCUUCAUAAAAACAAAAGCGUUGCUUCAUUUUCCAAAGUCACCUGAAGUUUGGGUGACUUCAGAAAACAAAGCACUGCAUUAGUUUUGCCACCGGUGAUUCAUGUUAUCGCCAUUUGUCAUCUGUGGUAGCCAAGAUUUAACUGACGACAAAUCUCCCAGUGUGCCAUCACCCUAAAGGUAGUAGGCUGCUGGGUAACCCUCCAGCCCUUGUUUGGCUAAAUAGUGAUAAUGUUUGAGCUGAGGGAGUGAUGUUGGGUGGUUUGAGAGUCAUGAUGCAAAGUUUUGAUUGGUGAAUUCAUAUCACAGGAGAAUGCUCAAUAUUAUGUCCCAUAAGACUCAAGGUGCUCUCUCUGCAUUUAUAUAAACAAAUGCCAGCAAAUAACCUGCUACAUUUAACAGAACGGACUAAUCUCUAGCCUAUCAUUGUUCUUUAGCAAAGGUGUCUGUUAGUAAUCUGUUAGUAUCCGAUAACACACCUUCCUUUGACGUGUAAACUUCCAAAGCCAGAUUAGCACAUGGCAUUCUCGAUGCUGCGGUGGAUGGUGAGAAUUGCAGAGCAAUGAGCUAAUAACAGCAGAAGCAACUCACCGUACUGCUAGGGUAGCAGUGAAACAUUAGCACAGUGGGAGGGACUGCUGACAUUUAGUAUUUUUUCAUUUCUUUUAUUGAUAACAUCUUCCUUUCACAUUCAUACCUACUCCUGUUUAUUCCCUUUUUUCCUGACCAAUGUAAACGGUCCUUCCAUUAAGGCAGAGCGUUUGGUAUUUACACGUGGGAAUCUUGAUUUUUAGAGCCUUCCGCUAUUACCGGGCAGUGUCGAUCUAAACAACCUUUCCAUUUUUGUGUACAAUUGAGAUUGUUUGUUUGCUUUCCGCUUAGUAAGUUGCAGUUCUUCGACGGGGAUCAGUCUGUGUCUGAGCAGGACUUUUUUUUUUUUUUUUUUAAAUGGAGAUGAUUUCAUGUAUAAAGGGCGGUUACAUACCAGCAAUAUAUAGUUGUGGUGGUUGGUAAAGCAGAUUCACUUAUGAUUACAAGUAUUUUUUUUUCUUUGUUGUUCUUUGUAAGUAGACAAGAGCAUGUACCCUAUAUGUGAAUAUGCAGCGUUUCUCCCUUUUCGGGGGGGGGGGGAUAGGGGUGGCAUUAGUGACACCCCUGCUUUACACAAGGCUUGGGUGGGUGUGGGGAGGGGGGUAAUGCAGAUUUACAAUCUCUGGGAACAUUAUAACAGUGCCUCAACCUUUAUAACACACUGGCAAUAACAAAUACACCUUUAAAUAAAAGCUGUUUUAUAAUGUUUUGAUUUUGUUUUAAUGAAUUGAUGUAAUAAUGUUGGAAACCAUUUUAAAGGCAAGUUUCUUUUUUUCCCCUUUUGUACAGAGAAAACAAUUAUUGUAGUUUAUAACUCAUUUGUAAACUCAAUUACAUUUUCAUUUUUUAAUAAACUGU